AUGGUUUACUUGCAGUACUACGGGGAUUAUUACGUAAAAGAUUUUAGUUACAUAAGUCAUAACGCUUUGAAAGUGAAUAGACAAAACCAUAAAGAUAAAGAAUCCGUGAUGAACAUAUGGUUGAAAGAAAUAUUGGCGGGACUGAAGCAAUUCUUUUACGGUGGCACAUUACAUGGAGUGAAGUACAUCUUCGAGCCAACCUUCAGUAGCAAGGAACGCGUCACGUGGAUCAUCAUAGUUGUAAUCAGCGUGGCAUUCUGCGCUGCCAAUAUCAUCAAAUUGUUCUGCAAGUGGACCUCUACACCUUUUGUUAACGUGAUCGACUCAUUACCAACGCCGAUUUGGGCGGUGCCCUUCCCAACAGUGGUGCUGUGUCCCCAUCUCCAUGUGAAACAAUCUUUCGCUGAUGUUUCAAAAUUAGAUCAUUUGGAAGAAUUCUUCGCGUCACUAGUUUGCCCACGCAUGCUAUUCCUGAACAAGACCCUGAAACAUAGAUUGAGCCCUCCCGAAAUUGACCAAUUACAAAUGUUUAUUUUGAACGGAGCCUUAUCCUGCUCAGACAUAGUAAAAAGCUGCAACUGGCCCGCAGCGCAUGAAACCAGAUGGGUGACUACCGAAUGUUGCCAGAAGUACUUCAGACCAAUUUUCACGGAUUACGGCCUGUGUUACGCUUUCAAUAGCUUACCAAUGAAUGGAAUGAAAAACGACACAUUAUCAUGGCAGCAGAGCUUUAAUAAGCUGGCUUCUCCUGCCGCUCUUGAGUGGGGUCUAGACAAAGGCUAUCCAAAAGUAUUCCCUCCUGAUGCCACUAUGAAACCAUUAAGGGUCAUGGUAUCCGGAGAAAACUACGGCCUGAGCGUUGAACUAUACCUGAACAUUAGUGAACACCAGCACGCUUGCGAUGGAAACAGUCUUGGGUUUACCGCUGGAGAGUUAGGCGGCCGCAACCCAGCUUUGAAUAUUGCUAGCACGUCUGGAAUGGAUCUGCUCGAUGCUUUAAAUAAGUUGCAUUGCUUCAACACGGAGUUCUCCUUCUUUAAAUUUAAAAAGUCUACUUUUGUGGUUCUAAUCAAAUCUCCAACAAACCAUGUGUACACUUCAACUGUCCUCCGUUUACCGAUGGACAGGAUGACAACUAUAGAAGUAUCGCCUAUCACGUAUAAGACAGAUGCGGCUUUAAGGUCCCUAGCUCCUGACCAGAGGCAGUGCUUCUUCCAAAACGAAAGGCAAUUAGAAUACUAUCAGUUUUACACAGGGAGCAACUGUAAACAUGAUGUCUUCGUGAAGGAAUCUAAGAGGACCUGUAAUUGUACACUUUUCAAUUGGCCCAGAAAAAGCGCUUUGGAACCUAUUUGUUCUACCGAUGUGGACUUUGAGUGCAUCGAUUAUGUUAAGGGUAAAGUAGAGGAGCAACAGAUAUACGCAUACUAUGCAGAGAGUGAGGAAGGCAAGAGUUCUAAGGAACCUAUGUCGUGUCAUCCAUCGUGCAAUGACGUCAUCUACGACAGUCAAGUGUUCUACUCCGAUCUGAUCAAGGAACCAGGAGACCCUUCGCCCGUUUGGGGAUAUCCGAGAAACCUAUUCCUCGGUUUCAGCAUCAUCAGCCUCGCAGAGUUCGUCUACUUUGUAUUGCUUCGUCCGAUACACAGAGUGGCUAAAGAAGCUUACCAUAGAAUUAUUUAA